AUGACCAAAACAACCCCCACCCUCCCCCCUCACCUUCAGGACCUCCUCAGCCACGUCCGCACCCACUCCCCCUACUACCGCGCCCUCUACGCCUCCCUGCCCCCCACCCCGGAGAUCCUCACCCUCGCCUCCCUCCCCCUAACCGACUCAACAAGCUACUGGACCACCGCCAGCACGGAUGCCACCGCAGUCCUCACCGCCCCGCUGACCGACGCCCUAGUAAUGCGCAGCGGCGGCUCGACCUCGACCCCGAAAACAGUAUACAUGACACGCGCCGAGUUCCACGAGACGUCACGCAUCAACGGGGCGCUGUUCCCGGGCAGCUGUUCCAUCCAGCCCGGGGACCGGAUCGCCAACCUCUCGUCGCAAGGGGGCCUGUACUCCGGGUUCAUGACGUACGGGUACACGGUGAUGAACAGCGCGGUGCCGGUGGUGAAUCUGCCGAUCAGCGGGAAGGAACCUCCCCCAAGCAUCGAGAAGGAUGUGAAUGCGUUCGCGGCGACUGUCGUCAUCAGCAACGUGUUUAUCGCGACGAAGCUGGCGACGUUUCUGAGGGCGGCGGGCCGGCGGUUGGAGAGUGUGAGGCUGGUGCUGUACACCGGGGAGCCGUUUUAUGCCGAUCUGCGGGGCUUGUAUGCGGCGGCUUUCCCGAAUGCCGUGGUGCGGCCGAUGGCGUAUGCGAGUGUUGAGUGUAAGGUUGUCGGGUUCCCUGUUCCGGGACUCAAUAAGGGCGGGGACGGGGAUGUGGAUCCGGUGUAUCGCGUGGUCGAGGAGGCGGUGGUGCUGGAGAUUGUGGGCGAUGAUGGGCAUCCGGUGCGGGAGAACGGGGUGCGCGGGACGCUGGUGGUCACGAAUUUGCUGAAGCGCUUGCAGCCUACGAUCCGGUAUCCGAUUGGGGAUGUGGGCGAGUGGGUGGAUUUCGAGAGGGGGCUAUUCCGGCUGCGCGGGCGGAGUGAUGUUGGGGUCAAGGUGGGCACGGCGCUGUUGGAUCGCGCGGUGCUACGACGGGUGGUCAGUGAGGUUCUUGGGGAGGGCGUGGCGGACAGUUUUCAGACGGUGCUGCGGCGGGAGAAGGGGAGGAAUGUGGUAGUGUUUAGGGUUGCGGCGGAGAGGCCGGAGGACGGGGUUGGGGAGAGUAUCGCGGAGAGGUUGGAGGAGGCAGUGGCACAGGUGAGUUCGAGCUGGUUGAAGAAUCGCGAGGCCGGCCAUGUGGCGCCUGUGCAGGUGGAGUGGGUGCGGUUUGGGGAGUUGGUGUUCUUGGAGGCGAGUGGGAAGUUGAGGGAGGUGGUCGAUGAGCGGUAUUAG